AUGCGUUGGAGCCCGAUGGAUGCUAAUGAGUACCAGUUUCCUGAGCAUCAGUUUCCCAGUAUCGUCGGCCGGCCGAUCCUCCGAUCCGAAGAGCAGGGCGACAGCGAAGUGGUGAUCAAGGACAUAAUGAUCGGCGACGAGGCCGCCGCCGCCCGGAACAUGCUGCAGAUCUCCUAUCUCUGGGAGGACAUGCAGCACGUCUGGGACUACACAUUCCACGACAAGCUCAAAGUAGACACGACCGGCCGGAAGAUCCUGCUCACCGAACCACCGGCGAACCCUCUGAAAAACAGAGAGGGCAUGUGUCAAGUCAUGUUCGAGCGGUACCAAUUUGGCGGGGUAUACGUGGCGAUCCAGGCCGUUCUUGCUCUCUACGCCCAGGGACUUUCAUCAGGGGUGGUCGUGGACUCGGGCGAUGGUGUCACUCACAUUGUUCCCGUCUACGAAUCCGUCGUCCUCAACCACCUCACGAAGCGCCUCGACGUUGCUGGCCGAGACGUCACGCGUAAUUUGAUCGCGCUCCUCCUUCGCCGAGGCUACGCUCUCAACCGGACGGCCGAUUUCGAGACCGUCCGCCAGAUCAAGGAAAAACUGUGCUACGUAUCGUACGAUCUUGAGCUUGAUAAACGGCUCAGCGAGGAUACCACGGUCCUGGUCGAAUCCUACACGCUCCCCGACGGCCGCGUUAUCCGCGUGGGUUCCGAGCGCUUUGAGGCCCCUGAGUGCCUGUUCCAACCGCACUUGAUCGAUUGCGAGCAGCCUGGUAUCGCCGAGUUCCUGUUCAACACGAUUCAGUCCGCCGAUGUCGACGUCCGCUCUAGCUUGUUCAAGGCCAUUGUCCUGUCGGGCGGUAGCAGCAUGUACCCUGGUUUGCCUUCGCGGCUUGAGAAGGAGCUCAAGCAGCUAUGGCUGACGCGUGUCCUGAACGGCAACCCCGAGAGGCUUUCGAAGUUCAAGGUCAGGAUAGAAGACCCGCCACGCAGGCGGCACAUGGUCUUCCUCGGCGGUGCGGUGCUGGCAAACAUCAUGGCAGACAAGGAAUCGAUGUGGAUCACGAAGCAGGAGUGGGAGGAGCAGGGGCCGCGGAUACUGGAGAAGUUGGGCCCGAGAUAG